AUGGUUAUUCUCAGCUGGCUGAUCGUUCUUUCCCUCCUAUUCCUCUGUUUCUGGAAGAACCAACGCCCCAAAGGUUUCCCCCCUGGGCCAUGGAGUCCCCCCCUGAUUGGGAACCUGCUUCAGUUCAGUAAGAAGGACCCUCUCAAGGACCUGGAUCAGCUGGCUCAAAAAUACGGUCCCGUCUUCAGUCUCAACAUUGGAGGAAGGCUUGUGGUCUUCACUCAUGGAUUUUCUUCAGCCAAAGAGGUCCUGGUGACAAAAGGCAUAGAAUUUGCCGGGAGGUCAGAUAAUCCAAUAAUAGAUGAUAUCGUUAAGAAAAAAGGCAUAAUCACAGUAUCCUACGGCCAAGUGUGGAAAGAACAACGGAGAUUUUCACUGAUGCUUCUCAGAAACUUUGGACUGGGCAAAAAAUCAAUGGAAGAGAAGAUCUUGGGGGAGGCAACUAGUUUGACUGAAGCAUUUGCUGAAUACACUGGUGCCCCUUUUGAUCCUUCUCUACUUCUUGAAACUGCAGUCAUCAACAUCAUGUCUUCCAUUCUCUUUGGGAAACGUUUCGAAAGCAACGACAGCUUUUUGGGGCCUGUGAUGGAUGUGAUACAUGAAACUGUCAAAAUGAUAACAGGACCUUGGGCCAUGCUUUACAACGCUGUGCCUUUGGUGAGGAAGCUUCCCUUGCCCCAUCAGAGAAUAGUAGCACAGGCCCAUGAAAUACUUGCUUUGCUGGAGAAAGAGAUAAAAGAACACAGGAGCACCUUGGUUUCUGGUGAACCCCGAGAUUUUGUUGAUGCCUAUUUAGAAGUAAUGAACCAGGCAGAGCAGAAAGGUUUUGAAGAAGAACAAUUAUUAGUUUUACUGAUGGACCUUUUGUUUGCUGGAUCAGAGACAAUGAGUGAAACUCUUCGGUGGGCAUUGCUCUAUUUCGUAGCCUUUCCAGAGAUCCAAGAAAAAUGCCAGAAGGAAAUAGACGCUUUUCUGGGAAGUAAUUCAAACCUGCAAUGUGAAGAUCGGGAAAAGCUGCCCUACACAAAUGCCGUCAUUCAUGAAAUCCAGCGCUGUACAACUGUUGUUCCUCUCGGAGUAGCUCACGCACCCAUCCAAAAUGCACGGUUUUGGGGCUAUCAAAUUCCCAAGGGCACGACCAUUUUGACCAACCUCCAUUCUGUUCAUCACGAUGAAUCCCAGUGGAAGUUCCCACACGAGUUCAACCCCUCCAACUUCCUGAAUGCAAAGGGAGAGUUUGUGAAGCCGGAAGCCUUUUUGCCAUUUUCAGCAGGACCAAGGGUCUGCUUAGGAGAAAAUCUGGCUCGGAUGGAGCUCUUCCUCUUCCUCACCACCAUCCUGAGAAACUUCCGGCUAUCUUGGCCACAUAAAUCCCAGGCACCAGAUCUCACACCUAACUUUGGUGUCACACAAUUCUCAUCAAGCUUUAAAAUAUCCAUGAAAGGCCUCCAGGAGAGUGACUAG